CCUCCCCUCCUCCUCCUCCUCCCUACAGUUAACGUGAAGGUAAACACCACGACGACACUCGAGUAACGACUCCUCCAAACAACGAAGACGCAGGAAAAAAGCACCUGACAGCGCACACAGAGAGCAGGUAUGGAUGAGGUACCGAGCUCCUCCUGCAUUUCCAUGGCUAGUGAUCGCUCCAUGAAGAACCGCACAGAUUUUAGCAAAGAAGCUGCAGACAGGGAGCAGCGUGAUUUUACAGGGUCAGAGGAGCUGAAUGGAAAUGCCAUAUUUAAGUUGGUGGAAACCCAGGGCGUGGCCAUUUUUAUGAGUGAAAUUAGGAGAUAUAAAAAGAUGCUCUUUCCUCACCUGCCACAACCUCCUGAGAGGGAGAAGGACGAUCAGACUGCUGGGACUAAAGCGCCCGACUCAGGUGCCAGCGAGGCGGCUCUGAGGAUCACGCUUCAUGUCUUAAAUGAGAUCGGCCAAAAGGAGCUCGCUAACAGACUAGAGAAGCAUGUUUAUGGCGAGCUGGACGUCUGCCAGCGCAAACUUCGAGAAAAACUGAAAAGGUUUGAAUACAUUUACGAGGGAACGGCACAGCAUGGAGACCAGACCCUUCUCGACAAAGUGUACACCGAGCUCUACGUCACAGAGGGAGUCAGCGAAGCUGUGAACAGCGAACACGAGGUCAGGCAGAUCGAGGCCGCAUCGAGGAGGUCGCCGACAAAAGAAAAGCAAAUCAAAUGCGAAGAAAUAUUUAAUUCCCUCUGUGGAUCUGACAGAUUCAUCAGAACGGUGCUGACCGCAGGCAUCGCUGGCAUUGGAAAAACCAUCUCUGUGCAGAAGUUUAAUCUUGAAUGGGCAGAGGGGAGGGUCAACCAGGAUAUCCAGCUCCUCAUUAAUCUCCCAUUUCGGGAGCUGAACCUGAUGAAGGACAGAAGCUGCACUUUGACGGAGCUUCUUCAUCAUUUUCUCACAGAAGCAAAAGAGUCAGGAAUUUCAGAUUUUGGCAAAUAUAAGCUUGUGCUGAUAUUUGAUGGGCUGGACGAAUGUCGGCUUCCUCUGGACUUCAAGAACAAUGAGCCCUGCUCUUGUGUCUCAGAGCCAGUUCCUGUGGAUGUUCUUCUGACAAAUCUGUUCAAGGGGAACCUUCUGCCCUCUGGCCACAUCUGGAUCACCACCAGACCCGCAGCUGCACAUCGCAUUCCAGCUGACUGCGUCGAUCGUGUGACAGAGAUACGAGGCUUUAAUGAUCCGCAGAAGAAAGAGUACUUCAGGAAAAAGAUUUCAGAUCCAAGCAUGGCCAGUAGAGUCAUUUCACAUGUUCAGUCAGCCAGGAGCCUCCAUAUCAUGUGCCAUAUUCCAGUCUUCAGCUGGAUAUCUGCCAGUGUCCUGCAGAAGAUUUUAGAGGAAAAAGGCAAUGAGAGCAGGAGAGAAAUGCCCAACACAUUGACAAAGAUGUACACACAUUUUCUUGUGUACAACUCACUGAUCAAAAGUCAGAAGUAUUUAGUGGGAGACGAGGCGUCUGAAAGCCAAUCGCAGGCCAAAAUGAAUGAGGAGAUGAUCUUGAAGCUUGGAAAACUGGCCUUUGAGCAGCUAAUGGAGGGAAACAUGAUCUUCUAUGAGAGUGAACUGAACGGGUACAAAAUAAAUGUCAGCGAUACUGCAGUUUAUUCAGGAAUAUUCACGGAGAUCUCCAAGAAUGAUUUUGGAAUUCAUCAGAAGAGAGCGUACUGCUUCGUGCACCUCAGCAUUCAGGAGUAUUUUGCUGCCGUGUAUGUUUUUCACACCUUCAUCUGCUUUAACCAAAACUUGCUGGAACCAGAUGCACCACUUACAGAGGUUUCUAACGAAGUAACCGUCCUUCUCCAGACUGCAGUGGACAGGGCCUUGCAAAGUGAGAACGGUCACCUCGAUCUGUUUCUCCGCUUCCUUCUUGGCCUCUCACAGGAAUCUGAUCAGCUGAAGAGCAUUCUCGCCACCAUGAGGGGUACUUUACGAAAAAAAGAGGAAAUCAUUGAGUACAUCAAGGAGAAAAUCAGUGAAAACCCUUCCCCGGAACGAUGCAUCAAUCUCUUCCACUGCCUCAGUGAGCUGAAUGACCAGUCUCUUGUGGAGGAGAUCCAAAAGUGUCUGAGUUCUGGUAGUUUGUCAGAAACCAAACUGUCCCCUUCACUUUGGUCUGCCCUGGUCUUUGUGUUGCUGACAUCCAAAGAAGAGUUGAAGGAGUUUGAUCUGAGAAAAUAUUCGAGAUCAGAGGAGGGUCUCCGACGGCUGCUGCCAGUGAUUAAAGAGUCCAGAGGAGCCUCGAUUAAAGAAUGCAACCUCACUGAGAAAUGCUGUGACGCGCUUACAGCAGCUCUGAGUAGUUCAUGCCUGAAGGAGCUGGACCUGAGUAAUAACGACCUGCAGGACAACGGGAUAAAACUUCUCUCUGUGGGACUGAGAAAUCCAGCAUGCCAGCUGGAAAAACUGAGUCUGGCGUUCUGUGGAAUCACAGACACGGGCUGUGGCUGUUUAGCUAAAGCUCUGAAGGCCAACCCCACACACCUGAAGGAGCUGGACCUGAGUAAUAACGACCUGCAGGACACUGGGGUAGAACUUCUCUCUGUGGGACUGAGAAAUCCAGCAUGCCAGCUGGAAAAACUGAGUCUGGCGUUCUGUGGAAUCACAGACACGGGCUGUGGCUGUUUAGCUAAAGCUCUGAAGGCCAACCCCACACACCUGAAGGAGCUGGACCUGAGUUACAAUCAUCCAGGGAAGCUGGGAACGGACCUGAUCUCUUCCCUGCAGAAGGACAAUGAUCAUCUCACAAUCAGGAUAAACAACAGCGGGGAGUGCUACUUAAAAUCAGCUCUGAAGAAAUAUGCACGUGAGCUGACUGUGGACAUGAAUACUGCACAUUCAGAACUGCUUUUUUCUGAAGACAAGAAAAAAAUGACCCGACAGGAAACUGCUCAGCCAUACCCCGAUAACCCAGAGAGGUUUAAAGACUGGGGACAAGUGCUUUGUAAGGAGGGUCUGCGUGAUCGCUGCUACUGGGAGGUAGAGUGGUCUGGGGAAUGGAUAGGUGUAGGAGUCGCAUAUAAAGGAAUCAGCAGGAAAGGGAAAGGUAAUGAAGCGGUCCUUGGCUACAAUGAUCAGUCUUGGAGUCUGCGCUACUGCAAAGGCAAAUUCACAGUCUGGUACAAUAAGACUGACGAUGCAUCCAUAACUGUUCCCUACUUCAAGUCCAGGAGGGUUGGGGUGUUUUUAGACUGGACAGCUGGUACUCUGUCCUUCUAUGCAGUCUCCUCACAGACCAUGAUGCACCUGUACACUUUCCACACAGCAUUCACUGAGCCAGUGUAUCCAGGGCUCAGGCUGGGAGACGAGCAUUCUACAUUAAUUUUAUGUCAACCAGAAUAAUCUUAAUGCUGAUAUUCAUGAUAUCAAAAACAUGCUUAGAGUGAAGCAAGGAUCAAAAAGAUGAAGUUACGUCACCACCGUAAAACAAAUGAAGGGAUUUCGUUUCAUUGUAUCCAGACUGCUGCAACAAUCUUUCUUCAUAAGUUGUAGUUUUGUAGCAAACUUCUCUCAAGGAAAUAUUUUGUGUUUGUGCAGAGACCCUCACACCAAAGGGUCACAUCUGUUACCAAACCAAGGACAGCAUAUUUUUCUUUUUCUUUUUCUCUAGUUUAUUCAACUUAUGAAUGAACAUUUUGUCCUGAAAAUAAUGUAUUUUUAAAAUGAAAAGAUUUUAGGGAAAUGAUACACAAAUUACACAUUUCUAAUCUUAAUAUUUGUUUUCUCUGAUGAAUUAUUUUUAUGUGUUGAACUGUUUGUAUUAUGUUUUAAUGCUUGUGAUGAGU